UUCUUCCUUUUCAUGUUUCUACCAUUUUCCACCACUGCUCAAACUCAUAGAAACAUAUCUUUAGGCUCAUCACUCACCGCACAAAAUGAUAACUCAUCUUGGCGGUCACCAUCUGGUGAUUUCGCUUUCGGUUUUCGACAUAUUGGAAACAACGGUUUCCUACUAGCCAUCUGGUUCGAUAAGAUACCGGAGAAAACCAUUGUGUGGUCAGCCAAUGGGAAAAAUCUUGUGCCACAAGGAUCGAAAGUUGAGCUCACUGCAGAAGGCCAGUUUAGCCUUAGUGACAUUGCAACGGGCAAAAGCACAUGGAUUGCUUCUGCUGCUGGUACUGGAGUUGCACAUGCAGCCAUGCUAGACACCGGAAACUUUGUGCUGGCCACCUCAAAUUCAAGCAGUUUGUGGGAGAGUUUUAGUCAUCCAACCGAUACAAUUUUACCCUCACAAACUCUAAAUCAAGGCAGCAGACUCUAUGCUCACUACACGUCAACAAAUUAUUCGAGAGGUAGAUUCAUGUUUGCAGUACAAAAAAUUGGAAAUCUUGUGCUUUACACAACAAAUUUCCCACAAGAUUAUCCUUAUUUCGGUUAUUGGAAUUACACCGAUACUCUGGGAAGAGGCUUUCAGGUAGUCUUCAACCGGUCUGGUUCUGUUUACCUUACUGAUAGGAAUGGAGCGAUACUUAAUGUGGUAUUAUCCUCUAUGUUUUCGAACCAAGAUUUGUACCAGAGAGCAACUCUUGACUAUGAUGGAGUUUUGAGGCACUAUGUUUUUCGUAAAAACAAUGGCUCGAGUGGCGGAACAUGGUCUACAUUGUCCUUCAUACCUUCGAACAUCUGCAUGAGUAUCUUGCAACCAAAAGGCGGGGGCACGUGUGGCUUUAACAGCUUAUGUAAACAUGACCAAGGCCGACCGGUUUGCCAGUGCCCACCUGGUUAUACCUACAUGGAUCCAGAUGAUAUGUUGAAAGGCUGCAAACCUAACUUUGUUCCACAAAGCUGUGAUGAGGCCUCAUCGGAAAGUGAUCUUUUCUAUAUGCAAGAGAUGCAAAAUGCGUAUUGGCGUGUAAAUGAAUAUGACAAGUUUCAAGACAUAACUGAGGAUUGGUGCAGGCAGACUUGCCUAGCUGAUUGCUUCUGUGCAGUUGCCGGUUUUAGAACUGGUAACUGUUGGUUGAAAGGAGGUCCUCUUCUCAAUGGGAGGAUCGACGCAAAUUAUAGCGGGAAAGUAUUAAUCAAAAUAAGGAAAGAUAAAUCUACUUCCAGAUCAGCUGGCGCUGCAAAGAACAAAAAGAAGAAAGAAUAUGAUUCAACUUUGAUUGUAGUUGGAUCAGUGCUCUUGAGUAGCUUGGGGGUUCUCAAUUUCAUCUUGCCCUUAAUAACCUAUAUGGUUGUUUCUCGCAUUUAUUCUCGAAAAGCUAAGGUGAUUCCACCCUAUAGGGUUAUGGCAGGCAUGAAUUUGAAGUGUUUCACUUAUGACGAGAUAAAAGAUGCUACAGACAAAUUCAAGGAAGAACUAGGACGCGGUGCAUCUGCAACUGUUUUUAAAGGAGUUUUAGCGUCCGAUAAUGGGAUUGGAAAGUGUGUUGCUGUCAAAAGUUUAGACUCGAAGGUUAGAGGAAAUGAUUUGGAAUUCAAUGCUGAAGUGAGUGCAAUUGGCAGAACAAGUCACAGAAAUCUAGUCCAACUACUUGGGUUUUGUAACGAGGGUGAGCACCGAAUGCUUGUGUAUGAGUUCAUGAGCAAUGGAUCUUUAGCGAGCUUUGUUUUUGGAGAGUCGAGGCCAAAGUGGUGCCAGAGAAGGCAUAUUGUCUUGGGAAUCGCAAGAGGGCUCUUGUAUAUGCAUGAGGAGUGCAGCAGCCAGAUUGUACAUUGUGACAUCAAGCCUCAAAACAUUCUUCUCGACAACUCUUUCACCGCAAGAAUUGCUGACUUUGGAUUAGCCAAGCUUUUGAGAAUGGACCAGACUCGAACCACAACUGGAAUCAGGGGAACGAAAGGGUAUGUGGCCCCGGAAUGGUUCAAAAACUUGCCUAUCACAGUGAAGGUGGAUGUUUACAGCUUUGGCAUUUUGUUGUUGGAGAUUAUUUGCUGCCGGAAGAAAUUUGAAAAAGACGCUGAGGAUGAAAAUCAAAUGAUACUGGCUGAUUGGGCUUACGAUUGCUAUAAGAAUAGAAAACUGCACCUUCUAUUUCUGAAUGAUGGUGAGGCGAAGGAAGACAUCAAGGAGAUGGAGAAGUACGUGAUGAUUGCAAUAUGGUGCAUCGAGGAGGAUCCAUUGCUGAGACCUACGAUGAAGAAUGUCACACUGAUGCUCGAAGGUAAUGUUGAAGUCUCAGUUACUCCUGAUCCAUCCUCUUUCACAACUUCGGCACUUUGAGUACUUUCAGUUAUAGUUCCAUGCUUUUGUAUGUGUGAUGAUCAAGCACUCCAGUCUAAGCCAUCAGCUUGCCGUUGGUCAGAUAGUCUUUUAACUUAAUAUGCAGUAAUUAAUGUGUCGCAAUUAUAAAUCUCAUUU